AUGUGGAUUCGCAAGAACAAUCCAACCACUGAGCACUACUACAGCUCUGGUGGAGCUUUACCGGAGAUCUCCCUCCCCGAAAUGGGUGAAAGAAUACGUCGCAUACGACUGCAAGGCGAUCGAUUCUGGUACCCUGACAAUCGCUCCGCAGAUCGCGAGGUUGAUGAACUCCUUGGUCCAGCCCGCUUGGGAGGAUCUGAGAUACAUGAUCAGGUAAGGGAUUUGCUGGCCACUCUGAAUCGCCGCAGAAUGUUUCCAGAUGUUUUGGACGGAGCAUCAUUGUGUACCACGGCGCUGUCAACCGAGGGUAGCCUUGAAAUAUUUCUUUUUCAAGUUUUGCUAGCCAAUGCACUACAUAUGCGCAUGCAGCGUGCAUCUGACAUCGCAUUUGGUAACUUGAACAAUCGAGUUAUUGCGGCUAUGCAUGCAUCUGAAAGAUGGAUCAAUGGUGUUGAUCUCAAAUUUCCCGACCCCGAAGAGCAAUCUGACUAUGUUGAGAUACGCAGCCUCGUACACGAGCAACAGGCCGAGGGAUUGGUACGUUUUGCGGAGCUGAUGGCAUGGCCGGCAAUUGGAGAGAUGCGUAGGCUCGUGGAAGAGGCAUAUCCUAAGAUACUGGCGGGCGAGAACUGCAAUAGACAUCUAUAUGACUGGCUCUAUGGCCUGAUGCUGCCUGGAAAUGCCUUUGUAUUUACGAUAAUGGCAGCCUUGGUGGCAGCCACUCCAUCUAUACAGCAUCUCGAGUCGGCACAGUACUAUAUGUCAGGACUAAUCCUUCAAGAUCGAUCAUACUGGCGGGUGAAGAGUGUACUCGGUCGUGUUCUUGGUGGCAUGAAGGGGGUCAGAGCUGGAAAUGGCUGGGCAGGUCCAUUUCCGAGACCUGUGGCUUCAUCUACGGAGGAAAUUGCGGACGGUUGGUGGCGUGUUCAUGCGAGAGAUGUGGCUUUCAACCGAUUUAUGCCUCGGGAUCAACCAGCAGACGGGGGAAGGUUCCCUCCUUUCUUGCGUCGGGAAGAAAAUUCAACCAAAGCAGAUUGGAUACGCGGAAUUAACGACCGCUCAGAAUGGGUCGUACCUCUUGGGCCUCGCAAUUUGUCCGACAAAGUCGAGUUUCAGGCGAUUAAACUCAGGAAAAUAGGACUCACUUCGCCGGAACCUACACAAGCUUCGACGACAACCCUGCAGAACACAAAUGAGCAGCAACAGCCAGAGCCAGAGCAACGGGCCGUUCUGGAAUUGCGUAUCAACGAUAAACUGGUCGAAUUCACCUUAUACAGUAACCCAAUUUUUGUUGCAGCUCCUCAAUGUGUUGACGGACCACAUGCUGUGCAGAAGCAAGAUUAUGAAAAGCUGCAAAAUGUCUUGAGUGUCAGUCAGUUGCCGGGCUAUGUUCAUAAUGAGAAAAGAGUGUUGAUUAUCGAUGCAUCUGGACAAGGAGAAUGUGAGCUUGCGGCACGAGCCUGGUGUUCUGAGAAUGGGCAACAUGCUGUCCUAGCUAGAGGGCAUGGAACUUGUUUGGCGUGUGCUGUAAAGGCUGCCAGUCAAGGUGGCCUUGCAAUUGGAUGUGUAAUUUGCACAGGGUUAUAG